AUGCACCACGCCUCGUCGCCCUGCCAGGCUGGCGUGCAGUACGUGGUUGGGGGCGAUUUCGGCGGCGGCGAGGGCGCCGGCGGCGAGGGUGGCGGCAGUGAUGGUGGCAGCGGUGAGGGCGGUGGCGGCGAAGGUGGUCGCGGCGAGGGUGGUGGCGAUAAGGGGUCGGUUUUGCUCAGUGGAAGCGGUGGCGAGGGUGGCGGCGGCGAGGGCGGCGGCGGCGAGGGCGGCGGCGGCGAGGGCCACUGCACUAUCAUCCGGGGCGGUGGCGGAAGUAGCGGGGUUGGCGGAGGCAGCGGGAGCGGCGAGGGCGGCGAGAACGGGUGUGAGAAGAAAGCAGCAGAGAACACGAAUGACAUUGACGACACGGGCGACAGCAAGGCUGGUGGCGAUGGCGAUGGUAGCGGCAGCGAGGAUGGUAGCGGCGGCGAGGGUGGUGUCUGCAAAGGUAGUUGCGCGUCGGGUGGCGACAAGGGAGGCGGCGGCGGUGACGAGGACGGUGGCAGUGGUGAGAAUGAUGGUGUCAGGAGUGAGGGCGGUGGCGAAGAGGGCGGCGAGGGCGAGGAAGAGGGUGGCGUCGGUGGUGGUCGUGGUGGCAGCGGUAGGGGUGGCUGCGAGGGCAAGGGCAGCGGUAGGGGUGGCGGCGGUGAGAGCGAAGGCGGCGGCGGCGAGGGCGGCGGUGGUGAUGGUGGCGGCGGCGAGGGCGGCGGCGGAGAGGGUGGCGAGGACGAGGGCGGCGGCGGCGAGGGCGGCGGCGGCGAGGGCGGCGGCGGCGAGGGCGGCGGUGGCGAGGGCGGCGGAAGCGAGGGCGGCGGCGGCGACGGCGGCGGUGGCGAAGGUGGCGGCGGCGAGGGCGGCGGCGGCGGAGAGGGUUGCGGCGGCGAGGGUGGUGGCGGUGAGGGCGGCGGCGGCGAGGGCGGCGGCGGCGAAGAGGGUUGCGGCGGCGAGGGUGGUGGCAGUGAGGGCGGCGGCGGUGAGGGCGGCGGCGGCGAGGGCGGCGGCGGCGAAGGUGGCGGUGGCGAAGGUGGCGGUGGCGAAGGCGGCGGCGGCGGCGAGGGUUGCGGCGGCGAGGGCGGCGGCGGCGAAGGUGGCGGCGGCGAAGAGGGUUGCGGCGGCGAGGGUGGUGGCAGUGAGGGCGGCGGCGGCGAAGGUGGCGGCGGCGAGGGCGGUGGCGGCGAGGGCGGCGGUGGCGGUGGCAACGACGGUGGCGGUGGCGAGGGCGGCGGCGGCGAGGGUUGCGGUGGCGAGGGUUGCGGCGGCGGUGGCGGUGGCAACGACGGCGGGGGCGGCGAGGGUGGCGGCGGCGAGGGCGGUGGCGGCGAGGGCGGCGGUGGCGGUAGCAACGACGGUGGCGCGGCGAGGGGCGGCGGCGGCGAGGGCGGCGGCGGCGAAGGUGGCGGUGGCGAAGGUGGCGGUGGCGAAGGUGGCGGCGGCGGAGAGGGUUGCGGCGGCGGCGAGGGCGGCGGCGGCGAAGGUGGCGGCGGCGAGGGCGGUGGCGGCGAGGGCGGCGGUGGCAAGGGCGGCGGCGGCGAGGGCGGCGGCGGCGAAGGUGGCGGUGGCGAAGGUGGCGGUGGCGAAGGUGGCGGUGGCGAAGGCGGCGGCGGCGGAGAGGGUGGCGGCGGCGACGGCGGCGGCGGCGAGGGCGGCGGCGGCGAGGGCGGCGGCGGCGAAGGUGGCGGCGGCGAGGGCGGUGGCGGCGAGGGCGGCGUCGGCAGCGACGUGGGCGGCGGGGGCGAGGGCGGCGGGGGCGAGGGCGGCGGGGGCGAGGGCGGCGGCGGCGAGGGUGGUGGCGGUGAGGGCGGCGGCGGAGAUGGUGGCGAGGGCGAGGGCGGCGAGGGUGGGGGGCCAGUUUGGCUCAGUAGUAGCAGCGGCGACGGUAUCGGCGGUGGCGACGAAGGUGGCGGUGGCGACGGCGGCGGCGGCGAGGGUGGCGGCGGCGAGGGCGGCGGCGUCGAGGGCGGCGGCGGAGAGGGUAGCGAUGGCGAGGGCGGCGGCAACGGGGACAGGGAUGGAGGCAAGGACGUUGGCAGGGACGUUGGCAGGGACGUUGGCAGGGACGUUGGCAGGGACGUUGGCAUGGACGUUGGCAGGGACGUUGGCAGGGACGUUGGCAGGGACGUUGGCAGUGGUAGCGGCAACGGCGAGAUCCCAAGGUAA